GGUUUCUGCGUACUGUCGCGUGCCUAUAUAGCGUCAAGUAUUGACGUACAUGACACAUUGCGGUGUAUUUGCAGCAUAGUCGCGUAUUUGAUGUCAAAAUUCUACCAUGAUUUGUUAUCGUGAUAACAGUAUGAUAAAAUGAGAUACAGUAAGAUAAAAUGAAGCUUUGCAAAAUAGAUAGCAUUGUGUGUCGAGUGAUUUAUCAAGAGGUAAAACACUUCCGUUAAACAGCAGCUUUUUACGAAACUUUUGCUAUGGCAACAAUAUUUCAAAAUACUAGUUUAUGGAAGAAGUAAUAAACGCUAUGCCUUAUCUUACAAACAUGCUGAAGUAAAUAGUGACUCUGUCAUUUGAUGUUCAAGGGCACUAUAUAUAAGUACACAGAUUCACAUAUCGUAUUAUAUAUAUAAGCUUGAAGUGGUGAGAGGCCACUAUAUACAUCAAUUCUGAUAAAUUAUUUAGAAGUUUUCAUAUUCUUUCAAUGACAAAUGGUAUAUACUGCACUUAAUGAAAGUGUACACUGCUAAUCUACUGAUAAAUCUGAUACAUAUUUAAGAAUCUACUGAUAAAUCAUUGAGGUGUUUUUUAAAUAAAAAAAAGAAAAAAAACAAACAAAAAAAUGGCUAGUGCAUUAAAAAUCUUCGGCUUGUUGAUAUACAAGAAUCUACUCGUACGCAAGAGACAUUGGUGUAUGACACUAUUCAUACAAGCUUUGAUACCUAUUGGAUUAUUCGCGUUAUUACAAGCUGUGAGAGAUUUUAGCGCUCAAGUACCAGUUUAUAUGAAUGAAAGUACAUACUAUAAAAUAGAAUCGGAAGAAGCUUUAAAGGAGCAAAUAAAUACUUUAACUCAUAUUUAUUAUUUGCCAAACAAUACUUUUACAGACAGCAUCAUGGAAUCUGCCAGAAAGUCUUGUUGGAUUCUUCCUGAGAAUGUGCAAGGUUUCUCUAAUGAGACUGAAAUGAUAAAUACUUACGUAUAUUCUCAGGCAAAAGAGCCAAUGUUUUCUGUGCUAGCGGUUGUUUUUGAACAAUACGAGAAACCUUUUAUAAAAUAUAAAAUUAGACAUUCCUGGAAAAUUUCUAACAAUUUGUUUGAAAGUAUGUCAAUAGAACCUGAAGGAAUGUCCGGACGGCCCACAGUGUAUACCUCAGUAACUCCAUUUGUACAAUUACAAAUGUGCGUAGACGCAGCUCUUAUAAAUAAUGCAGGAUCGAAUUCUAUGCCGAACAUAAAGAGAUCAAUACAACGAAUGCCGUAUCCGCCACAUGUUCAGAUAGAUCCUGCUGACGUACUAGUACGUCAAGUAAUUUGUUCAUUUGCAGUCACAAUUUUUGUAAUACCACUUUGUGUAGAAGCGAGCUACGCAUCUAAAGAGAAGUUUAUCGGUGUAAAUGUUCUAAUGGCGAUGAACGGAGUCAAAAUGGUCUACAACUUAUUAAGUUGGCUGCUCACAGGAAUUUUGUUCAGUGUCAUUUACAUAAUACCGAUAAUUAUAUUAUUUAAACACACCUUUACUGAAAACGUUGAAGCCUAUUUGUAUUAUGGGAACGGAUUUAUAUUCUGGCUAUUGUUCACCGCACACGUCGCUCAUCUUAUAACGUUUGGCAUGCACAUUUCCGCGUACUUUUCUAGAUCUCUCUUUGUGACAAUUGCUUUAUGUAUUAUAUACACGGCAUUACAUUCUCUUCAUCAACAUGUAGCAAAAGACGGAUCUUUUGAAGUGAUAUCAUAUUUUGGUAUAAUAUUUCCGAACUUUUUACUAUUUAGAUUUUUUGAAGAAACGAAUGCCUAUGAAGCCAAAUUAAUUGGUAUUCAAUGGGACAAUAUUUUCGUUCCUGCAAAUUCACAAUACAGCCUCGUAGGAUGUUCCGGAUUUAUAUUCCUCUUUUCAAUCUUGGGUGCUGUGAUACAUUUUACACUUGCAGUGUAUAUAAACGCUAUAUUCCCUGGCAAAUAUGGAGUUGCAAAAAGUCCAUUAUAUUUUUUGAAGUGUUUCAAGAGUAAUAAAGUAUUCCUCGACGAAGAUGCUGGUGAGUUCGAUUACGAUAAAAUCAACGAAGACUUCGAGCCGGUGCUGGGUGGUACGCUUACACCCGGAAUACAAAUACGUGAUCUUAAAAAAUCGUACACAACGAGCUGGUUACGAAAAUCCAAAGUUCAUGCGUUAAAAGGAAUUUCUGUGGAUUUCUACAAAGGACAGAUUACUGCUCUGCUCGGACAUAACGGAGCGGGCAAAACUACGCUUAUGUCUAUAUUAACAGGUGUGAUAAGCGAAACGGAAGGCAGAGUAUUUAUAAACGGGAAAAAUAUACGAAAACAUUUAACUAGCAUUCGAAAUGACUUGGGAUUGUGUCCUCAGGAAAACAUGGUUUUUCCAGAUUUAAGUGUGUUCGAACAAAUAGAAUUUUUUGGCUUGUUAAAAGCUGAAAAUAAAAGUAGAAAGGAAGUUCGGAAAAGUGUUAACACUUUACUUUGGAAACUAAAGCUUUCUGAAAAGAAAAAUGUUCUUCCUAGCAAACUUUCCGGUGGACAGCAAAGAAGACUGUGUCUUGGGAUGGCACUUAUUGGCAAUGCUAGCACUAUAAUUUUGGACGAACCAACGUCAGGAAUGGAUCCCGAAACCAGACGAGAUACGUGGGAUAUUAUAUUGAAACUUAGAGGUGAAAAAACAAUAUUAAUUAGCACACAUAAUAUGGAAGAAGCUGAUAUAUUAGGUGAUAGAAUUGCGAUAGUACAUGGAGGUCGUCUUAAAUGUUACGGCACUUCAAUGUUUUUGAAAAAACAACACGGCCACGGACACAUAGAAGUUACGUUAUCGACCAAGUCUUGGUGCAUUCCUGAGAAAGUAAUAAGUCAAUUUGACUCAAAAACACAACAGCUCAGCGUUGACAGUGAAAAGAUCGUUUUGAACGUACCUUAUACCGAUUCUUUGCCGCAAUCAUUAGAUAAAGUAGAAAGUCAAAAGAAGAACUUGGGAGUUACUGGUAUAAGCGUGUCGCUAAUCACCUUGGAACAAGUAUUUUUGAAAGUUGUGAAAAAUGAAGACAACGGAAAGCACCUGAAUGAAUUAUUUACAGCGUCGAUGGAGAAACUUCAAGGCACCAAAUUAUUCAUGCAGUCGAUAUUUGCAUUAUUCGCCAAGAAAUUUACAUACACUAGAAAAAAUCUAACUACCUUAUUACUUAUUAAUAUUCUUCCUAUUUUGUCAGUACUCUUAAUGGCUCUAAGUUAUCAAAUACCAAGUGAUUCUACAGACAUUGUUCCGUUGAAACUUGACAUGUACAGACAUCCGAAAACUUUUUAUUCUUCAGACAAUCAAAUCAAAACGCUUGGACAAAAGUAUGAAGACGCUGUUAGAAGUUUUGGCGAAUCUGCAAUGCGAACAAAUAAUGUUACAGAUGCUCUUCUGAAUUCUUCUGUUGCAAGUAUCGCGGAAUAUCGCAACAAUUUUAUUAUAUCUGCUGAAUUUAACAUUGGUGAUAACGACACAAUAAACGCCAAUGGAUUUUAUUCUGGUAUAGCAGUUCACAGCAUACCGUUAACGAUGAAUCUUUUAAGUAAUUCGCUUAUCAAGGCGUAUGGCGGCGAUGAGUACUCGAUUAGUGUAUCCAGGCAACAAUUGCCGAACACGCUUUUCUCAAGCAGAAUAAUGGCGCCGGAAGCGGAAUCGAUCUCGCGCGUCUUGAUAUUUUGCUCGUUUUUCUUUCCUACUGUCGCGAUUUUUGUGCUACAUCCUUUGCAAGAAACCAUGACAAAAGUCAAGCAACUUCAACGUAUGACCGGUGUUACAUCGGUGUCGUACUGGAGCACAAUGUUUGCUUUCGAUUUUUUAAUAUAUACAAUAUGCGCACUGUUAAUCACUCUCGCUCUGUGUGUCAUGGAUAUUAUUCUUGAUAUUCGUUUAUAUUAUAAAGUAGAAAUAUUGUAUACAAUAUUACUUUUGGAACUGUUUGGCAUUAAUGUUCUACUUGUUGUGUACCUGUUCAGCUUCAUGAAUAAAUCGAGAAAUACGAUAAUAAUUAUAUUGGGACUCGCGCCUACUGGUCUCGUUCUAAUACAGUAUCUUCUACACGAAGUGAUACACAGCUUUGAUAAUCUAAAAACGCUACACGUUCUGCAAAAGAGAUUUUUCCGCCUAAUUCCUCACAUAAGCUUGUUCCACGGUCAGUAUGCUUUUUUCAACAUAGCAUUGCAGAACGCGAGAUGUCGACGUCUACCAAACAUUCUUCACAAAGUGGCCUGUCUUGGUGGCGAUAUUUGCUGCGAUCUGGAUUGUGCGGAUGGAGUUUGUAAAAACCAACUGUCUUAUUUCAAAGAUUUUGAAGAUGAUAUGAAUUUUGAGGAGAAUAUACUGUAUCUAUCUAUUACACCAAUUUUGUAUUUUGCUGUAUUGAUCAUGAUAGAGGAAAAAUUCUUUUUGAAGUUAUUUAAAAGGAUGAUCGGUCGUGGGUUGAAGAAAGCGCAAGACGUGAUGGACGAGCAAGUAAAGAAAGAAAAGCUUGCUGUAGCGCUUGAAAUCAACAGAAUCAAUAGUCAAGAUGUAGAUGUGAACGUCGAGAAAGAGGAAGUCAAGGCGGAAGAUUCAAUCUCGAAUUCAGAACUACUGCAAAGUCCGAUAAAUAACAAUAACAGUCUCUUUCUGGUGUACGAGUUGAGUAAGUAUUACGGUAAACUAAUGGCGGUAAAGGAGAUCAGCUUUCGAGUGAAACCGCGAGAAUGUUUCGGAUUGCUUGGCGUAAAUGGCGCCGGGAAGAGCACCACGUUUAGAAUGUUAACUGGAGAAGAGAUAUCCGACAGUGGCAUAAUGUACUUAGGAAAAGCAGAAAUUCAUUCAGAUAGGAAAAAAUACCUUUCUGAAAUGGGAUACUGUCCGCAAACCGAUGCUUUAAUAUCAUCUUUGAACACAUUCGAUCAUUUACGUCUGUUUGCACGUCUUCGUGGUAUACCAAAGACAAACGUAGAAUUGGAAGUUAAUAAAUGGAUUAACAGACUGAAUUUAACUGCCUGUAUGUCACAGCCAAGCGGUACUUACAGCGGUGGUAAUAAAAGACGUUUAAACAUAGCGAUAGCACUGAUAGGUAAUCCCACUCUCGUUCUUCUGGACGAACCUACAACUGGCGUCGAUCCUGCGGCCCGAAGAUCACUGUGGAACACUUUGCAGUCGUGUCAGGCAGCGGGGCAAGCUAUUAUACUUACAUCUCACAGCAUGGAAGAGUGCGAGGCGCUUUGCAAUCGUCUAGUCAUUAUGGUGAAGGGUGAAUUAGUUUGCAUCGGCGCGAGUCAGGAGUUGAAGCAACAAUUUGGAGCUGGUUACGAUAUCCAUGUGAAAUUGAAUCCAGGUCGAUCGGAUGAGGAUUUCGGCAAUAUUAAAAUCGUUAUUGAAAAUGCUCUAACAUGCGAAAUCAGAGACGAAAACUUGGGUUAUCUAGCCUAUCACGUAACUGACUGUAAUACAACGUGGGAAAAGAUGUACGAUACGAUGAAAGACCUAAAACGAAGGUAUUCCUGUAUCGAGGAUUACGCUGUUUUGUCGUCAACUUUGGAGCAAUUGUUUAUUCAGUUUGCGAGAGGAGCUGAGAUGGUGCAGCCUAAAGAGUCUUCGAGUAAUACUAGUCAUCAAGAAGUCUAAAUUGAAUACGACUUAGUUAGGUAAUUCUGCUUAAAUAAAUAUGAACAUGAAAUGAAGAACCAUGUCGAUAUAAUGGACUAAUUUAUAUUGGAAGAUAAUUAUUAUGCAACCAUUGUGAGAUAACUGUUUCUAUAUGUUUUUAAUUUUAGCAAGUCUAAUAAUAUUUUUUUAAAUAAUAUAUACUAUAAUAUAUAUUUUUAAUAUA